UGAAUGCAGCUGAUCACCCGCCAUCUUUGAUUAAAAAUCUCUGAUCUUUCCAAAGCAAACGAGGGUAUUUUAUUCCUGAUCAUCAAACAGCUGAGCUCUAGCAAUCUUUGGAUUCAAAGGCACAACUCCAGACAUGGAAGACGAGAUACAGAAAUUGAAAAACAGAGUCGUAGAACUCGAGAAGGCUUUGGAUUUGGAACGGAAAAGAAAAGGACCACGAAGAGAAAAGAUUGAACUAAUGAGUUCAGAAGUUGUAGACAGCAAUCCUUACAGUCGUCUGAUGGCUUUGAAGAGAAUGGGAAUAGUGGAUAACUAUGAGCGCAUUCGGGAUUAUACAAUAGCAGUUGUUGGUAUUGGGGGAGUUGGAAGUGUUGCUGCAGAAAUGCUCACUAGAUGUGGAAUAGGCAAGCUUUUGCUGUUUGACUAUGACAAAGUGGAGCUUGCAAACAUGAACAGAUUGUUCUUUAGACCAGACCAGUCUGGUAUGAGUAAAGUACAAGCAGCUGUCAAUACAUUAAGGGAAAUCAAUCCUGAUGUGGAGUAUGAAGCAUAUAACUAUGAUAUCACAUUAAUGGAGAAUUUCAAUCACUUUAUGUGCAGAAUAAGUCAUGGUGGAUUCAAUGAGAAAGCAGUUGAUCUUGUAUUGAGCUGUGUAGACAACUUUGAAGCAAGGAUGGCCAUCAAUAUGGCCUGUAAUGAGCUUGGCCAAGCGUGGUUCGAAUCAGGUGUUAGUGAAAAUGCUGUGUCUGGUCAUGUGCAGUUUAUAAAACCAGGAGAAUUAGCUUGCUUUGCGUGUGCACCACCACUAGUCGUAGCAUCAAACAUCGAUGAAAAGACUUUAAAACGUGAGGGAGUUUGUGCUGCUUCUUUACCAACAACCAUGAGUAUAGUGGCUGGAUUCCUUGUACAGAGUUCUCUUAAAUGUCUAUUACAGUUUGGAGAUGUGUCACAUUACUUGGGAUAUAACGCUAUGCAGGAUUUCUUUCCAACCAUGAGUAUGAAGCCCAACCCUGGAUGCGAUGAUCUUAAUUGUCUAAGCAGACAAAAGGAAUAUCAGGAAAAAUUAGCUGCGAAACCUAAGCAGGAGAAGAAAGAUACAAGUAUUGAAAAGGAAGUAAUACACGAAGAAAACGAAUGGGGAAUAUCUCUUGUUAAUGAAUGCGAAGGCGAACAGCUCGAGGAAGACUUGACGCCCAAUUUGGUAGAAGGAGUCAAGCUUGCUUACGCUAAACCCAAAGCCACGAGAAAAAUAUCAGAGGAAAUCAGUAGUGAAGGACAGAUCUCUGCUGACAAUGAUGAAAUGACCGUCGAAGACUUAAUGAAGAAACUCAGAGAUUUGUGAUGGCCUAAAAUCGGAGUCUUCAACUGAAAUAAUUUAUAAAAUCGCAAUCUAAUAGUGGGUCAGUGACCUUUAUGUUAGAUUAAGAGAUUUUAAAACAUCGAUCUUAGAUUGUUUUCUUCCUCAUCUUUUCGUUCCUUUCCUAAAAAUACCACUGAAUAGCUUUGGUAUUUGGAAAAGAAUUUCCCUUACUAAGAAAACUAACUGAAAAAAUGUGCGGGAAUGAAUUGAAUUCAAGCCCAUAUUGACAAGACAGGAAACCUGUUUUACCAAGAGAAACGUGAGAAACCUGCUCCCUUAAUUAUUAAGUUAUAUUAGAAGGAGUGAGCGAAAAAGAGAGAAAACGUAAAAUGAUUGCAAAUAUUUAAUUUCCAUCUAGGUUUUUAGCGAUAUCGAAACAUAUGAGAGAAAACUAAUAUUUUCUUCAUCAAGAAAAAGUCACGCUUGGUGAAAGAUAAACAGGGCUCUUUGAAGUUACCCUAAAACAAAGGCCUGUCAUGAAAUAGUGAACAUGGUGCAUUAUUUAUCAUGCCUUUUUACCCAAGCUAGACCACAGUUCAAGUUGUUUGUCGAACCCAGCGAAUGCCUGAAUAUACCUCGGUGUCGGUGGUCCAUGUGAUCUUUGUUGGCAUGCUUUGUGAUUAGAGUGAUUUUACUUAACGAAAACAAAAGCUAAUUGAGAGAAAUGAGAUUUUAAGUAAAACCACUCUAGAUAAGAAGACUGACAUCAUUUUUCGAGGGGAAGAGGGAGGGGGCUAUCAUCGGCUCUUUUGUUGAUGUUUCAGAAGUAGCGCAACUUAUUCACGUGAUUACGAUUACGAUACUUCUGUGCAACAACAGAAUAAAGAGCCGACUUGAACGGAUCCUUAAGUAAACAGAAAAAAGUUUCGCACACUGGGUGCCCGGUCCCGUAAGAGUAGACGACUGCCGAACAGAAUAUAACCUGAUGCUAUAGGGGAGAUGUGUGGCUUCCAGGGUGCAAGCAGUCAUUUGGAUGUGUAGUCCAGUCCCGGACUUCCUUUCGGUGUCUAUGGGAUGUCGGGGUCUGGAGUUUAUUUCUAUMAUUCCUUUACUUGGCUUUGUCAACAAGAGUAUUCUAUUAUCGAUMAUUUAAUAAUUAUAAAAAURAAUURAUAAUUUAKCAUGAAAAAGUUUUCUUCCUAUAGCUGUCAUGGAUGAGGUAUUUUGGCUUUCCCACAAAAACCCAUAUCCUGGGGUUUUCUAGCGUUUCCUGUUUUGAAGGGAAGCCCAGGUUACAAAAAAAUGGCCUCGUGAGAGAUGUUUUCUUCAAGGUGACAGAGACUGAUCCAAACUGUGUCGGGUGCCUUUACCUGGUUGUCAAGGAGUGGUUGAAUGGGUUUUGGUUACCGGUACUUGACUGGUACGUGGGGUUUCCUCACGCUAAUCCAAAGAAACAAAGAAACAAAAAUUUACCCAUUUUCGGAAGAGGAAUUAAAUUUAUUAAAUUUAAAAAAUCGGAACUCGAGGUUGAAUACGUGUUUCCGGUCAUAAUAGAGUUUCCUCAAACAGUUUCAAGUAGUUAGUGUAUAAUAAUCAAAUAGACACAAAAGAAAACAAAGAAAUAAGAUCUACUAGCUUCUAUUAGGCUACUCCUGUUUUCACGGUCUUAGGAAGAUGUGACAAAAAGGCACUGAAUAUUGACUUUUUGAAUAUUUGAAUCAUACUACACUACGUAAUUUUCACACAUUCGUGGGAUUAUAAUCCCAUUAUCAAAAUAGUUAAAAAAUGAUUAAGCAAAUGUUUUGAAAAAUCUCGUGAUUAGAUGUAUGUAGAUCUACUUAGCGAUAAAUACCCCAGGUUAUACUUUCUUUGAGAACAAAAGACAGUUCUGCUGUAAAAUUAAAACUAUUCGGCGCAAAGUA